AUGUUAUUAAGGAUUAGUGGGACAAGCGGGAGCAAAAUGGGUGUCCAUUCGUCACGUGAUGAUGAAUUAUGGAUGAAGAAUGUACGACAAUUAAAAACCACACAGGAUGCUCCCGUAUUAGUAUUCUACGAAAACUAUGAAAUUUGCUUAUGGAAUAGAAAUAAACCAUCCAAAAAAUUGAUUUCACUUGGUAGAUCAGUAUUGUGGACAACGGCUAGUGGUGAUGGUAGUGGUAAUCGAUUGGUCAUAUAUUCGUUAGAAAAACAUAGUUUGCUCACCUAUGAUUUGUGUGAAAAUUUGAAGGGUACGGUACGAUUGAAAGAGGAAGCCAAAUGUAAUUAUAUGUGUUUAAGUGAAAAUGGUGGUGAUUAUUUAUUUUUAAUUGAUAAACUGAAAUGUUUUCUUUAUGUUUAUCGAGUGUCAAGUGGAAAACAAAUUGAAAAACUUUACAUUGAGAAAUUAGUUAGUGCAGAAGGAAUGCAGGCAACAAAAGAUAACGGCUUGAUUAUUAAUGUGAAAAGUGAAUUAAUGGUGUUUGAAAUUAGAGAUAAACCAAAUAAGUAAGUAUAAGUCGUUUUUCUGUCAGGCGAAACAUCUCAACAAAAUUCUCCUAUUUUUUGUAGUGGUUACUGAUACUACAGUAGCAGUCAUCCCCCAGACGAAUAUGAAAACUUGCUAUUAAAAUUGGUGAAUAUUGGAAAAUGGAUGGAUUAUUAUGAAAACGACGAUAAUCAUACUUGAUUAAUGCAGAGAAAAAAUAAACAGAUUCCACAACCGAUAAAAGUGCAGUUUUUAGGACGAGUUAAGUUUCUUAAGUUCGAGAAAUUUUUUGGGUAGUGUUCGAUUAAUUGACGUAUUAGUGGUAUGUAUCAUACCGGGUAGGUCAAAAUGAUUGCGACACUUUUAUUUUGCACUACAUACCACUAAUACGUCAACUCCUCGGCGCCAAUUAAUCAAGUGGAAUAAAGCCACCCUCAUGUCAGAUUCCCACAGACUUCAUUUUGCCACUGUCAUCAAUUUUUCCUCACUAUAGAAUUACCUUUUCAAAAAAACAAUUACAUAUUCUGAUAGAGCUUGAAAUUCUCUAUCACCCUAUUCUCUCAAGAGUUAUUAAGCUUUUGAUUUCUCCGUGUGCACAUACAAAUAUCUUAGGUUAUAUAACCCUGACUAACGUCAAGGGAAGAAACAACAUCACUGAGGUUCAUGCGGAAACACAUCACUUUUUCUGAUGUAGUCUAUCUAGAGUUUGUCGAAACAUCACUGCUUCAGGGUGGUUCGAUGUUAAAGAUUGAUGAACAAUCUCGACGGCACGCUCGGCAUAUUCAAAGGCCUCAUCGUAUCGCUUGAGACCUUCGGAUACUCUUGCCAUGUUGUGGAAAGUCUGAGCCAAAUCUGGAUGAUUCGGAGGAAGGGUUUUAUCGCGGAUUUUCAGUGUUUUCUUAUGGAAUACGAGAGAAGAUGAAUAUUCAUUCUUCUCCCGAAGCACUUCGCCGAUAUUACUAUAAGUGGUAGCCAAAUCUGUUCGAUCACAAACAACCUGCUCUUGAAUAUCGAGUGCUUUUUGAUGAAACCGGAGUGCCGUCGAGUAGUCUCCAGUCAACCGAUGUACAUCACCGAUGUUACUAUACGUGAUAGCUAACCACGGGUGUCUUUGAGAGACUAUACUCUGGAUAUCAAGCGUCUUUUGAAAAUAAGAGAGCGCAACAGAGUAGUCUUUCAUCGAUCGAUGCACUCUGCCUAGAUUGCUGUACGUCAUAGCAGAAUCUGGAUGGUCGUUCCGCCCCGACCUUUGUCUAAUUUCAAGCGCCUUUUGACAGAACUCGACUGCGCUUGCGUACUCUCCCAUCUUGUCAUGCACAAGACCAAAGUUAUUGUAAGUAGUAGCAAAAUCGGGGUGAUUGGCGGUAGACACUUUUCUUGGCUUUCAAGUGUCUUCUGAUAGAACUCGAGUGCAAUCAAGUACUCUCCCAUCUUCUCACGCACGACGCCGAUGUUGUUGUAGGUGGUAGCCAAAUCGGCGUGAUUCAGAGGGAGAGACUUUUGUCUAGUUUCAAGUGCCUUUUGAUGGAACUCGAGUGCAAUUGAGUACCCUCCCAUCGAAACCUGCAGACGACCAAUGUUGCUGUAGAUGGCAGCAAAAUCGGGCUGAUUCGGAAGCAGAGAUUUUUGACCGAUAUCAAGUGUCUUUUCAUAGAACUCGAGUGCCAUCGGAUACUGCCCCAUCUUGUGCCGCACGAAACCGAUGUUGUUGUAGGUCGUAGCCAA